AGAUCUGAAUUAGGCCAACAGACAAGUAUACAAAUAGCGGAUUUAUAAGUGGACAGCUUGCUCAGCUAAGGACAAAAAUUAUGUCUACACACUGGUUCGAUAUGUAAAACAAUUCAGAGAAGCAAUUGAUUGCAGCCAUGAGAGAAAUGCUCUAUGGUAAACCUUCCUCCCUUUUAGACAAAUGUCCAAGUAUCCAGAUCACGCCCUGUUUCCUUCCCUUGCUUCCAGUCUCAUCUAUGCUUUUGGGUACAAUGGACGGCUCGGAGAUAAGUGUUUAUCAGAAUGACUUGUUUCUUCAGCUACAGGAUGUGAUCUCUUCCCUGGAAACAUGUGUCUUAUCCUGGAGGAGUCCAACUGUUGACAAGUCUGUGGAAGAAAGUGUGACACCCCUCCUGAAAACACCUUCUGCGGCCAUGCAUCAGUCUAAUCAGAUACAGGAGUUCCCCAAUCAGUUUUCAAUUGAAGAUCCGGGCUUAUUACAGGCAGAAAUCAGACAUUACCAGGAAACUAAUGCAGUACUGAGGGUCAAAUUAAGUCUCACAGACAGGAAACUGGAUAAGUCAAGAACCACACUCAAGGUCUUCAUGCAGGAAAAGGAGGUGCUACAAAGAAAGGCAAAGACUUUACAAGACCUCCUGCAAGACGAAGGCUUUUCUCUUAUAACAAACUCUCCACUGACUAGUCCUAUGUCUGAAGAACCAAGCAAUCUGUUAUCUGAAUCUAACCUCCCAAUCACUGAGACGCUGCCAUGUCAUCCUCCUAAAUCAUCACUACAAAGUCUCAUUCAAUAUCUUCAGUGUCUCCCUGCAUCUCCGACUUUGCUGACUUCUCCUCCUGAGAUUCACCCGAGCAGCAUGGUGUCUGAGAUGAAGUGGUUAAAAGGACGCCUUGACCAUGUAAAACAGUUAAAUGACCAGCUCAGUGUGACCCUAAAAGAGUGUAAGACUGAUUCUGAAAAACUCAGCAUGCACCUUGGAAAACUGGAGUCCACCUGUACAGCUCUCCGUCUCGCCCUGCAGUCCAGUGAGAGAUGCCUAAAGACCUAUAGUGUGCUGUUGGCUCUUGCAGAAGCUAAAGGAGAAAUCCUGCUGGGCCAGGUAACGUCAGGAGACUUCUUGAGCGCAGGUUGGGGACUGCUGCCAAAGGACUUAGAGAUAAAAACCAAGCUGUUCAUGAUGGAAGUAAAAAAGACCUUCAGAAGAGAAAAGCCAAGUUCAGAACAGGAAACAAAGAACACGGCAGGGCAAACAAUGUACAGGCUUUAUGCCCCCUGGCUAAGUGAAGAAGAGGAGAAGAUCCUAAGAGACUACAUAAUGUCUCUGAAGUGGGACCUGUCAUGCGUUACUGUGUUGGAACAGUCAGCCAUUGGUGCUUCUCAUGUAAAGGAAGUAACUGAUUGUGCUGACAUUAUUAAGGGUAAAGUGGAUGAUGCCAUCAAAGCCUCAGUGGAAGCUUUACCAUGUCUGACGGAGAAACCUGCCCGAACCCAGAUCAUGCAGGAACUGAUGGAUACUAAGAAGAGGUUAUCUGAACUCAAGGCCAGUCUUCAGUUACUUCAGACAGAGAAGCGAGCUUUGGAGCUGCAGUGUUUAACUCAGCAAGAGCAAGAGAAAGCAUACAUGCUUAUCAGAGCCCACCUGCAGGUGGAGCAGAAUACCUGGACAAAACAAGAAGAGGAUUCUGGGAAUAGCAAAGAUGAACAGAAUUGCACAGUUUGUGAAACCGUGUCGGUUGGUCAAAGCAAGAAACCUGCUUCAUCACCUAUCAUGCAGCGACUGCUAGACUCACUGAAACAGAGCAGUGAAAUAAAAGCACAAAUUGAAGGUCUAACAACAGAACUGGAUACAUUAUCCUCUAAAGUCCAAGCUCAGAACUCCCAAUCUGCACAAAUGAUCAAAGAUUUCUUCAAAGCUCACAGGAAUCUCUUCCUCACAUAUCAGAAUGCGUGUAGGAAGUACCAGGAGCAGCAGCAGAGGCUGGAGUAUCAGGCUUCUCUAUUAGCACAACGGCAGUGUCAGCAGUUACAAAAACUCAUGCAAAAUAUUCAAAGUCUGCAGAAGAAAAAAAUACAAAGGGACACAGGGGAAACGUCAUUAUAGGAGCAUACAGGACCUCUAGCACGUACUAUGAUCUGUUGGGAAAUACGGUGAUGGCUAUUUACAUAAUAUGAUAUUGUUUUCUACCACAUUUUUACAAUACAUUACACAUGCCUGUACAUACUAUUGUCAAAUAAAUGGUCUUUUCUUAGGUCAGCAGAUAUGAAAA